AUGGAUCUUUGUAGAAUAAGCAAAAGCAAACCUGAGAAGAUGUCUUCAUCAAACAACAACACAAUAUCAUCAUCCUCCUCUCUGUCUUUCCCCCUCUUAGCCACCGGAGCAAACAACUUCAACCGUGAAGAGACGGCGAUGACAAUGAAUCAACAACGCAACUCCGUUUCUCCACCACCCAGGAGACAAAGAAACAAACCAGGAAACCCAAGUUCAGAUGCUGAAGUGAUAGCCUUGACUCCAGAGGAGAUAAUGGCGACGUACAGGUUUAUCUGUGAAGUAUGCAACAAAGGAUUUCAAAGAGAACAGAAUCUCCAGCUUCACAGGAGAGGACACGGCCUUUCUUAUACCUUGAAACAAAAGUCUGACGAAGAAGUAAGGAGGAAGGUGUAUGUUUGUCCGGAGCCCACGUGCGUCUACCAUGAUCCGUCCCGUGCUCUCGGAGACCUCACAGGAAUCAAGAAGCAUUAUUACCGAAAGCACGGUGAGAAGAAGUUUAAAUGCGAUAAAUGCUCAAGGUGUUACGCUGUUGAAUCUGAUUACAAAGCCCACUCUAAGAUUUGUGGUACCAAAGAGUAUCGAUGUGUUUGUGGUACCAAAUUCUCUAGAAAAGACAGUUACGACACGCAUAGGACAUUCUGUGCAUUACUAGUAGAGCCAGCAAGAAACCCUACCGUGGGCUUCACGGAAAUGGCAGCAGCCGCUGGUGGAAGUGGUGGCAGACAUGGCUUUUACGGCGGCGCUUCUCCUGCUCUCACUCACAACCAUUUUGGUAACAACUCAAACACUGGUUUUGCCCCUCUAGCUGCAGGUUACAAUCUGAACCGUUCAUCGCCCCAAACAUAUGAAGACUUUGUUCCUCAGCCCACAAACCCUAACCAUGGUCCUACUAAUUUCCCCAUGCGAUACCCUUCAAACCAAGAACUGUUGGCACAGAACGACCAGAAUCUCAUGAACCAGCACGGUCUGAUCAACAGCAACAACAAUAACAACUUGUUCAAUCCAGGAUACUUUCAAGACAACACUAAGAACCUCUCUGAUCAGACAGGUGUUCCUUCUCUUUUCAACCAUGCUGACAACAACGUUCCUUCUGCUCUGCCUAGAGGGUCAAGUGUGGCCGCUAAUAACUUUGGAGGCAGUGGUAAUGGAAACUUUCAAGGUCAAAUGAACUCUCUAGCUGCGACAAGUGAUCACCAAACCCGGCCCGGUAGCAGCAUUUUCGACCAUCGUUUCGGGAACAAUCUAAGCAUGGGAGGCACUGGUAGGCAGACAUUGGACUUUCUUGGCGUCAAUGGUCGUGGUGGUCGUAAUGGACCUCCUUUGGACGUUAACAUGAAGUUUCCAAAUCCAAAUAAUCCAUUCGAAAAUGUUUGA